ACUGAAAUUAAGACUUUUAUCCCUAAUAUCCCAAAUCUCUCUCUGCUUCAAACCAAAUCUAGGGUUUCAUUUCCAAAUCGAGCGAGGGAAAUAUCGUGUUCUUCAAGAAUGUAAUGUAGAUUUUUCGCAAGAACAGAGAUUUGAUUUGGUAGCAGUCAGAUAUGGAUCGGACCUGGUACGAACCGUCGCUGAGAAGGAUUCCGAGGAGGGUCUGGUUAGGGUUUCAAAAGUCUAUGGGUGUCCUCGUGGGUGGGAAUCACACUUCGUCCAGAUCACGAGUGAGAUUGUGAGAAGAGAGUCAUGGAUUCGAAGACGCCCAAGUUUCAAAUCCUUCACGGAUCUGUAGCGAGGCGCGUGCUCAUACGCACCUUCUUGAUCGCCGCGGCUCUGUCCGUAAUUCCCUUGGUGCACAUUUUGUCUGGGCCGUACCUGAAAAUGCUCGCCCCUAUAAUGUCCGGCGACUGCGCCGUGCAUCUGGGCCAGUCAACCACCAACUUCACUCCGAGUUGGUAUGUGUUUCAGGGUCGUCAUCUGAAUCCCAUUUGGAGUUCCAUUGAGCCGAUGCAGUGCAAGGAAUAUGUGAAUUUGACCACUGACGUAGUCAGAGAGCUGAUGGGGAAGCAAUUCUUGAACCCCGCUGGCGCGAAGGCUCUCUGCAUUGGAGAAGGGUCGGCUGUGGCCGCCAAGGCGUUGCGAGAUUUGGGGUUCUCUGAGGCUUAUGAUGUUGACGAGCAGCGAUUUUUCUCGUUCAGGCGCAGGCAAUUUGUGUAUGAGAUUGAUUACGAGGAGAAAUCGUUUGAUUUUGUGUUCUCGAGAGAUCUGGAUAUGGUUUCUGCUCCUGCGCUUCUUGUGCUUGAGAUCGAGCGCGUUCUUAGCCCCGGCGGGAUUGGGGCUGUGCUUUUGGGCACCAGUGGUUCGACUCCGAAUAGUCUCAUUAGAUCUGCCACGCCUAUAUCUUCAGUGCUCAAAACUUCUGGUAUAGUGCACGUUAAUCAUAUCAACAACCUCACUUUGGUUGCGUUCAGGAAAAGGAUUGAAAACACCGGAUACUUUGAGCAAUACCGUCUGCCAGCAGACUGUCCAUCUCUGACAACGAAUAGACCUUUCAUAGAGCACAUGGAGCCUCUUGUGGAGGACCAGCCAAAGGAUUUCGAGAAAAGUUUUUCUUAUCUGCCCAAGUUUGUGGAUGCUUCUUCAAAGAAGCGGCUUGUCUAUGUUGAUAUUGGGGCAGGGAAGCACCUGAACCCCAAUGUUACAAAUUGGUUCCUCCCUUCCUACCCUAUUGACAGCAAAGCUUUUAAUGUUUAUUUUGUUGACCACAACACUUCUGUUUUGCUGUCCUACGUUAAGAAGCCUGGUAUCACCUUUGUUUAUCAUCCUGGCCUCUCUGCAACCGAGGCUAAUGUCAGCACUGAUGGAGAUUUGGAGCCAUAUUUGGGAAAUACGGGUUUCGAUUUCCUUGCUUGGUUCAAAGAAACUGUGCAGUACGCAGAUUUUGUGGUCCUCAAGAUGAAUGCAGGGACAGUGGAAAUGAAAUUCCUCUCCGAGCUGUUCGAAAGUGGAGCGAUAUGCUACGUCGACGAGCUGUUUCUUCACUGUUCAGGCUACGUAGAUGGGGAAGGCGCAACGCUGGUGAAGUGCACGGACAUGCUCAAGGACCUCCGCCACAGUGGUGUGUUUGUCCAUCAGUGGUGGGGAGACUAUAACCCCAGUGGUGCUUGGUGAAGUGCAACUAUAAUCCCACGGUUGUUCUAGUGAACUAUUAGGUUUUCUUUACUGUGUAUUGUGUUGCUUCUGUUUAAUUCGUGUGUCUUGGAUGUGACGAGCAUCUAAGUUGCUUUAUGGUUGGGCAUUCUAUCUUAAAUAAGCAACCAUUUGUUGUGUCUGUGUUGUGUCUUAAGUUUCUUUUGCAUGUAAUCAAAUGUUCAAGAUGCUUUUUGCAUUUGGGCAUUUGAAACUACUAAAAUGAACAACAUCCACUUUGGAGUUGCAUAAUAAAAUAUUUGUUGUGGGCGUGUA